UCAGCACUCGGUCAGGUAUGAUAGCUGGGGAGGAAUCCGCGUCUUGACGCACAGAGGGUCCGGACUUUACGCAGAGAGAUACAGGAUAACUUCAUCCAAGAGCAUGAAGCUGGAGGUGUUGUGUGGAAGCCACUAUGACAUGAAGCAUUUCGAGAUGUCCAGUGAUGCGGAGGGGAGUGUGCGCUCUCCUCUGUCUACUGAGGAGGAGCUGGGGUCGGAUGGGGACAGCGUGGCGCACAGCCCUCCACCUGUUACUCCAUGCACCAGCACCACCAAGUCCAAGCCGUACACACGGAGACCCAAGCCCCCAUUCUCGUACAUCGCUCUCAUCGCUAUGGCAAUCCGGGACUCCCCCUCUGGACGUCUGACUUUGGCGGAAAUAAACGACUAUCUGAUGAAAAGAUUUCCGUUUUUCAGAGGCAGCUACACCGGCUGGAGGAACUCAGUUCGACACAACUUGUCUCUGAAUGACUGCUUUCUCAAAGUGCUCCGGGACCCGUCCAGACCUUGGGGGAAGGAUAAUUACUGGAUGCUCAAUCCUCAAAGCGAGUACACCUUUGCUGACGGGGUGUUCAGGCGCAGGAGAAAGCGCAUUGAUAAAAAGUUAAGGGCGCCAGAGGUGUCCGAGCACCCAGAGGAGCCGCAGAGCACUCAGCAGGCUGCACCAAAGACUGAUUCAUGUGUCAAGUUUACUAGUUCAUUCGCGAUAGACAGCAUCCUCAGCAAGCCAUUCAAGAGGGACACAAACAAGGAACAUUUACCUCUCCACCCUGCCUUCACCUGGCCGCGCUACACUGAACAAAUGAUGCCACAUUCAAAUCCACCUGCCUCAUUUUCAUACGUCAAGGCAGCCUGCUGUAUGGACUCCUGUGCUGCGCAUGUGCCCAACGCCUGUGACUAUGGGCUGCUUUCACACACAGUGUUGCAAUAUCACAAAUGAACAUUUUUAUUUGGUGAUUUAAAAUCAUCAAUGUGCACUGAUGAUGGACACAGAGGAGGAUUUUCCAAUGGACGUCAUUGUGUUGCUAGAGUGUUAUACUUGUUUUUGUACAUCUUGAAGCAACAGAUCACAUUUUAUACACAGUUGCUUGUGUAUGUUACUGAACUUUCCAAUGACGUUAUUGUUUGUUUAAAGAUAUGCACUUUGUUUAUGCCUUUCUUUCAGAUAAAAAAGGUCGAAAUAAAAUCUAACUAAUGA